CGAGGCCAUGCACACGCUCAGCCACCCCCACGUGCCCCGUGUUUGGCUCCUCGUCACACUCGUUGCGCUUACCUCCCUCCACGUACCGCUGGCGGUGUCAGCGGCCGAGGCAACCAUUGCCCACGUCCCGUCACAGGUCGUCGACACCGCUUCCGGCCCGGGAGGCUGGUUCCUCGCUGUGCUUGCUGAUGGCCGGGUGAUGCGGUCCGGAGGCAUGGGCGAGGCGCCGGUUGAGGUUAAGCUUCCGUCUGGAGCAGAGGACUCGCUGGUGGCGGAGGUCUAUUCCCACGGUGAUGUGGUGGUGGCGGUCGGGGGCGGAAUGGGCAAGGUCCACUUUGUGUCCAAGGACGGCGGCGCCAGCUGGCAACCGAUGUCAACGCCGCUGGCGGUGGACGUGGCGCGAGUCCCGGUGGCACGGGCAUCGGACCUGGUUUCCUUCCAUCCGCACCAGAACGGCUGGUGGCUGGCGCGGUUUGCCUCGGACGGCUGCCUCGACAAGCCGCGCUUCCGCUGCUUCCGCGUCCUCGGCAUGACCAAGGACUACGGCGCGUCGUGGUCGCUCAUCGCAGACUAUGUUGUCCAGCACGGCUGGGCUGCUCAGCUCAAGGUAUCAGCGGUCAGCGAUGAUGCUGUACUUGUCGUCAAGUGGUCUGCUCGCGCCUCGGAAGACUCGCAGCUCGACGUUGACUACUCGCUCGACAUGUUCUUCGGUGUGCUCAACGCCGGACGCGCAGCCCGGAUUGACGAGGCUCCGACCAGCAUUCUCGCUGUUCCGAUCAUUGGCGAAGUCCGUGGCGGUGCCGCUUUUGAGCUAGUGGCACCCUCAUUUGUUUAUGUCGAGACGCUCGAGGACGAUGGUGCUGCCGUCCAUCUCACUGUCUCGUCCGACGGCAAGGAGUUCAACCGAGUCAAGCUUCCCAACUCACUCACGCUCGAGGAGCGUGCGCAUCAGUUCCUCGACGACGGUACUGACGCUGUUGUCCUUCACAUCGCGGAGCACGCAUCGUGGGGCCACCUGUACACCUCAAGCGCCGAUGGCGUUUCGUUUGCGCUCAUGCUUGAGCACGUCCACGAGAACGACAUUGGGCCAGCGUUUGGCCCGCUCGCAUCAGUAGAGGGCGUGCUUGCCGCCAACGUUGUCGACAAUCCGUUUGCUGGAGCCAACGCACCGCUGGUGAUCACCACCCUUGUUUCGACCGAUGCCGGCGGGAGCUGGCAGCCGCUGACGGGUCCCCAGCGCGAUGCGCACGACGCACCGCUGCCGUGUGCUCUUGUUGGCGCGGGGGGUGUCCGUUUGCGAUUGAUCUGGGUGCUCGCGGCUGCCUGGCUUACGCCUUGUCCGCGCCCGGUAUCGUGCGCAGCAGCGUUCUCAUCCGACGCUGGAGCUAGCUGGGAGCUGCUCAGCGGCAACGAAGACGUCGGAUUCUGGAUGGCCCGCGACGGCGGUGCCGUCCUACGUGUCCCGCGUGAGCAGACCCAAUUUGUCGGCGUGCGCCAUGUUACCGGCGCUGCGUUCUCUGCCGUCGCGCUCAGUGACGACGGCUCGAACGUUCGUGUUGUAGGUGUCACCGACGUUUCGGUCAUCGACGACAAGUCUGCGAGCUCAACACGCUACAGCUGGAUGCUCGAGACCGAGUCGUUUGGUGGGGUCGGCCUCGUCCGCGUCGACGUAGUGCCGCCGUCACUCCCGCCGGUCUGUAUCCCCUCGCAGUACGAGAGCUGGAGCCCUGGCUAUGGAUGCGUGCUUGGGCGUGAGAACACGUAUCGGCGGCGCAAGCCCGACGCGUUGUGCGUCCCGCUGGAGAGUCACGACGGUCCCGAUGCAGACCACUGCAUGUGUACAGCAGCCGACUGGGAGUGCGACGUCGGGUAUGUCCGCGAGAGCCAGGACGAUCCCGACGCGGCGUGCGUGCUCAAGUCUGGCAAAGACGCUCCGGACGACACAGAACGGGGUGAGUGUCCGGCUGACGGCUACUACCGCAUCACCCGCGGGUACCGUCGGGUGGCCGGGGACUCGUGCAUCGAUGGCGCCGACGACCCGUUUGCGCCGUCUCGCAAGUGGUGUGGAAACGAAAUUUCUGGCAGCCCGGGCGCAUCGCGGGCGCCACUCUUCAUUGUUCUCGGCAUCGCUGUCAUCACUCUCGCCAUCGGCGGCGCUUGGGUCUACCGUCGUGCAAAGGUGUUGGGCCUCUUGUCGCUCGUUGGGGCUCCUGUUUCGCGAACCGGGCACGAGCGGCUCAUCUCCGAUUCCGAAGCGGGCUCACAUGCCAGCGACAGCGCCGAUGCGGACGACGGGCUGCCUGACGCUGUCAUUGCCGACGACAUGCUUAUCCAGAGCUCUGACGAGCGCACCGAGGUAAGUGGCGAUGCUGCUGACCCGAGCGACCAUGGCGAGCUGGGCACGGGCGAAACGUAUGAUGUCACGGCCUGGCUAGUGUGGCAAGCUGUGCGGCUUGUGCGAGCUGACUGUGACUUGGCGACGCUCUCGGCAUGGGGCCGGCUGGUGGCGGCCGACUCGGGCGCUGGGCUGCGCGCGGCGGUGGCUGGCAAGCGGGUGUGGCUGACGGGUGCCUCGUCGGGCAUCGGUCGCGAGCUGGCGAUUGUGCUCGCAGAGCAUGGAGCUGAUGUAGCGAUUUCGGCGCGAUCAGAGAAGAAGCUACAGGAGCUUGCUGCCGAGGCGGUGCAUCUUCCGGGACGAAUGGUCGCUGUCCCGCUCGACUUGCUGGAGACUAGCUCGCACGAGACGGCGGCGGCGACGGCGGCCGCCGCGCUCGGUGGUCGUAUUGAAAUCCUGGUCAACAACGCCGGACGGUCGCAGCGGGCGCUGGUGGAGGAGACACCCGUCGAGAUUGACGAGGCCAUGUUCAAGGUCAAUGUGCUGGGGACCAUUUCGGUGACCAAAGCCGUGCUUCCGUCGAUGCUGGAGGCUGGUGACGGACUGGUGGCGGUGACUUCAUCGGUGGCCGGCAAGCUUCCGACGCCGGUGUCCGGCUCGUAUGCCAUGACCAAGCACGCCCUCAACGGGUGGAUGGGCUCGUUGGGAGCCGAGGUAGGCGAGCGCGGCAUCGACACUUGUAUUGUGUGUCCAGGCCCGGUUGUGUCCGAGGGCGCAGCCAACGCGUUCACGGCCGAGGUCGGUGGGCGGGUGGGUGAGGCCGCAGCCGAGCCGAUGAAAGCACACAAGAUGUCGACCCGACGAUGUGCUGAGCUGUAUGCGGCAGCCCUUGGCGCGCGCAUUCACGAGUCCUGGAUUUCCCAGCACCCUGUGCUGCUCUUUACCUACGUGGCGCAGUACGCGCCGACGCUGCUCUUUACGCUCGGUAAGAAGAUGGCGGCCAAGCGGGUGGCGGCAUUCCGCAGCGGGGACAUGGGCUACAGCUCGGUCAACUCGGCGUCGGCUGUGUUGUCAUUUUUCAAGCGGUGAGCAGGUGGCAGCAAAGGAGGUGUGUGUG